CCCGAACGAAGUAGCUACAAACACUGCGAUAGUUUAUUGAUUUUUGGGAUAACCAAUUGGUUGUUGCCUCGUUUUCUGGUUGUUUUUCGCUCUGCCUUUACCCGAACAAGACGUUGAAUAUAUUCUUCCGAUAGAUCUAGCAAGAGGGAAAAAAUGCCACAGAAUCGACCUUCAAGCGGUCAAUCUCGUACUGCAUGGGGGGAUGAAGGAAUAGAUGCAUAUGGUGCUGAUGGUAUCCGUGAUGAUCCUGACCUGCCAACUGCAUUGGACAGUGAAGUUUACAUGGGGAAUGAGACGAGGGUGGAUCGCAGGUCCACCAACCAAGCAGCAUCCAGCACCAAGCAGUCGGGCAAUUCCGGAUGCAUGGGAAAUGUUUUCUUCAGGUGUUUGAGAUCGCUAUGGGCUACUCGUCACACAGAGGAGACAAAAGCAAAUCGAGAGCUGUACGUAAAGACUACUCUGCGAGAACUGAUUGUUUACAUCGUCUUCUUGGUGGUCAUCUGUGUCAUUACAUUUGGAAUGACGAGCACUACAAUGUUCUAUUACACCAAGGUGAUGAGUGACCUGUUUCUUGACACACCCAAUGACAAAGCUGGAACAUUCAGAACGAUUACUAACGUUGACGACUUCUGGCGAUUUGCCCGUGGCCCAAUGCUGAAGGGCUUGUAUUGGGAGACGUGGUACAACAACGCCACCAUGCCCGAUGACCAGCUCGGCUACAUCUACUAUGAGAACAAGCUGCUGGGUGUGCCACGACUUAGACAACUGAUGGUUCACAGCAACUCCUGCAUUGUCCAUGAUGACUUCACCUCGGUCAUUAAGGAGUGCUACAACUCCUACUCCUCCAGCAUUGAAAACACCAAACCAAUCCGCACCAUCGAUGACAAUUACACUGCCUGGUACUUCAAAACAGAAGACGAGCUGCAGGGUUCAUCUCACUGGGGUCUCCUCACCACAUAUAGUGGUGCCGGUUAUAUUCAGGACUUGAAGGGACGGAAGGCUCAGUCUCAAGACAUUGUCGACCACCUUUUUGAUAACCUGUGGAUAACAAGGGGAACCAGGGCUGUGUUCAUCGACUUCACUGUCUACAACGCAAACAUCAAUCUCUUCUGUGUUAUCAGACUUUUGGUAGAGUUCCCUGCAACUGGGGGUGCAAUUCCAUCAUGGACGUUCCGCACAGUAAAGCUGAUCCGAUACGUGACUGCGGGAGACUACUUCAUCAUGGCCUGCGAGUUCAUCUUCUGUCUCUUCAUCCUCUACUACAUUGUAGAGGAAGUGCUUGAGAUCAAGAAGCACAAAUUUUCAUACUUCAAGAGUUUCUGGAACAUCCUUGACAUCCUGGUGAUUCUGAUUUCCAUUGUGUGUGUGGGUUUCGACGUCUAUCGGACAGUUGCUGUUGGCGACAAGCUCUCCAUCUUGUUGGAGAAUGACCAAAUCUAUGCGGACUUCGAGCGGCUCAGUUACUGGGAGACUCGCUUCAACAAUGCCAUUGCCAUUACUGUCUUUCUGGCCUGGAUCAAGAUAUUCAAGUAUAUCAGCUUCAACAAGACAAUGACUCAGUUGUCCUCAACUCUCGGACGGUGUGCUAAGGAUCUGGCAGGUUUUGCUGUCAUGUUCUUCAUCAUCUUCCUGGCCUUUACACAGCUUGGUUAUCUGCUGUUUGGAACCCAGGUUAAGGACUUCAGCAACUUCCAGAACUCUUUCUUCACUCUGUUCCGAAUUAUCCUGGGAGACUUUGACUUCCACCAGCUGGAAGCGGCUAACCGAAUCCUUGGUCCCAUCUUCUUCAUGCUGUUCGUCUUCUUCGUGUUCUUUGUGCUCAUCAACAUGUUCCUGGCCAUCAUCAACGACACAUACUCUGAGGUCAAAGGUGACAUGGCUAACCAGAAGAACGAGUUUGAGAUGACCGACUACUUCAAGAAGAGUGCCCAGAAGGUAUUGGACAAAUUGAACUGGAAGCGAGACAAGAUUGUGGACAUCCAGAAGGCACUGCAGUCUGCUGACAUCAACCAGGACAAACAGCUUGAUUUUGAUGAGUGGAGGCAGGAUCUCAAGAGCCGUGGCUAUGCAGAUGGUGAGAUUGAGGCGAUGUUUGCCAAGUACGACAUUGACGGAGAUCGUGUCCUUGAUGAGGAAGAACAGCGACGCAUGCAGGCCGACCUCACUGAGCAAAAGGCUGCCCUCAACAAAGAGUAUGAUGAACUGGAAGAGAAAGUGCACCGACCUGGAACCGGCCGUCGUUCAAGUAGCCGUGUCAGUUUCAAUGAUGACAGUGGUGAAGACAGCGAUGAUGAAGACAGCGGAACAAAAUCAUCUCGCACCGGUCGCACAUCCAGUGGUGUUUCAUACGAAGAGUUCACAGUGCUGUCUAGGCGGGUCGACAGAAUGGAACAUUCUAUUGGCAGCAUUGUAUCCAAAAUCGAUGCUGUGCUUGUCAAAUUAGAAGCCAUGGAAAAAGCUAAAUUAAAAAGAAGAGAGACGAUGGGAAAGAUUUUAGAUAGUAUAACAGAGUCUGAUGGUACAAGUGAUGAAUUAAAACGAGAACAGAUGGAGCGGUUGGUUAGAGAAGAGUUAGAGAGAUGGGAUUCCGAAACGUCAAUGACACCCGGAAGUGCUCGUGGUGCCUCACCCAGUGGAACUAGUGGUAGCAGUGGGCGUGGAGGGGCUAGCACAAUGGGGGGUAUAAGAUCACGCUCAAGACCAGGGUCAGGACAAAAUUCCUCUGAAGUGUAACCAUGGUUGAAGAUGAUCAUGUUGCUACAACAACACUUUAAUGCUGCUGCAUUUCACUGCUGACUUGAAACAUUCCCUUCGUACCAGUGGUACAUCUCUCGCACGUUACAUGUUGUUUGUUUGGUCGUUUAGCUGUCAACAUUACUACAGCAACAGAGCUUUUUUCAUGUGUCUGACUUUGUUAAUAGGUCCUCUCUUUUUUUUUCAUACACAGAAAGCUGGAUUUUUCAUGGAUUUAUUUGCAAUAUGGAUAUUUUUCUUUAAUGUUUCUUUCAGAAGAAAAUAUUAUAAUUAAACAAUUGCAGACUGUUUUUGCCUUGUUAACAGCCAAACAAACUUUGACAAAAAUGUUUACUCACAGUAUGAUCAAUAAGCUGUGUUAAAAAGAAACAACGUACUAUAUAUUAUAAUACAUAUAUUACAGAAAAGUGUACAUGACAGGGGGAAAAAAAUACAUAUUUGUUUUAAACUAUUUCUUCUGGUGUGAAUUAAUCCAGAUAAUCUAUGAAAAAGAAAUUGUCAUUAUAUUUUCACAUUUUAUCAUUGACCAAUUAAUUUAUCUUGAUUGUACAUGUAUAUAACUGACAUAUUUAUUUCAUGAACAUUUUCUGGUACUUGGACAGAAAUAACAUACUGAAGUGAAUGGACAUUUUUAGACAGUAUCUUUCUUUAUCUUAAAAAAAGAAGAAGUAAAAUCAGGUUUUUCAGUGAAGUAUGUACACUUCAUUAAAGUGGAACAUGUUUUUUGUUUGUUUGGGGUUUUGGGGGGUUUUGUUGCAGGGUUUUUUUGUGGGGUUUUUUUUACCUUUACAUUUUUGAUGGACCUUUUUAUUUUUUUACUUUUUAGAAUAGGCUUAAUAAUGGGUUUAGAUUAAAAUGUCAUUUUGUUACUAGUGCUAUUAUUUUAAAGAUUUACACACAAUUUUGUGCCAUCUCAGUCAUUAGUUGUUGGAGUUUUUGUUUUUGCUCUAAUUAAGUAAUUUUUUCUUCUCUUUUUUUCCAUUUCUAUUUUUCUUACUUGAUUGUUUGGAAGAUUUGUGUUUUUGUUUCUUGUCAUAAUGUUGGGACCAACUUUUUAUUCACCAUAAGACUAUCAUUCGUGUUUAGUGAUAUAUUCUAUAAGAAAAAGUUGAUGGUUUAUUCUUGUCUUUCUGUCUUUCUGUCCAAAUCUAUGAUAAUUCAAAUCAAUGAUUUAUACAUCUGAAUAUAUAUAUAUAUAUAUAUAUAUAUAUAUACACAUUGUAUGUAUAUAUUUUUUAAUGUGAAAUUUUUUAGGGUCUUCAUCAGUCACAUUUGUUGAUUCAACAGUUGAUUAAUGUUUUGAAAAGAAAAAAUUACAAUUUAUUCAGAGUAAUCAUGUACACUGUACAGUAUUAUUACAUUUUUAAGAUAUUAAUCCCAGACUAAUGAUUUUGCUGUUUCAGUAACAUCCUUUUCAUUUUUCAUAUAGUACUGUACAAGUUAAAUGUUAUCAGAGAGUAGCAAUCUUAUUUAUGCAUAAUAAUUGCUGACCUUUUGAUAUACACAUGUAGCAUACUGGUAAUACUAAACGUUAUACUGCUGUUUUUAUUAUAUAUAACUUAUAAGGCAUGCUAUGCGGGUCUUUUAUGAGUAAUGUGAUAAUUUCAGACAUAUUAAAAUAUGCAAGUUGAGCUUUGUAUUAAAAAGAUAUUUAAUUUGAUUUUAUAGUCUUAAGAUAUUUCCUGAAAGUAUUUUCAAUAAUGCUAAUUUGAAAAUAUUGAUAUCAAUCUUUUCAAAAUUUUGCUAACUUUAUAUAUUUUUGUUAUAACAUUUAAAUUUAAUUAUAUGUGCAUGGUAAAUACAAAAGAUGUUAAUAUUAUUGUUCAAUUUUUUUUUUUUUUUAAGGAAAACAAAAUUUUGCCAACAUUAAAGCUUUCACUGUUUAAUAUACCAGUAAAACUUCUUAAAAUAUAGUAAUAUUUUUGUGUAUGCUGCAAGGUAGAUUAUCACUACAGUAAAGUACUCUUAUAACAAACUGCAAGGGAUCAGGAACAUCGGUUCGUUAUAGCAGUAGUUCGUUGUAAACAUUUACAGAAGUUAGCCAUUUUCAUUCAGGAAGUCGGCCAUUUUGGAUUUUUCAGAUUUAAACACCAUGAACACAAGAAUUAGCAUGGUGGGUAUUUUUUUAAUAUUUCAUUUUAAAACAAAGUUGAUGCCAAUCUACUACGUAAAUACACGUAGAUGUUAUCUGAUCUUAUCAGUAUAGUCGUUUUUUAUGCAUUGCCGUUAAUGUUACUGACUGGAAAGAUAUAAAUAAGAUACAAAAAAAAUAUGAUCGGUUCUCUGUAUAUGCACUAAUUUACACUGAAAUUCACAAUUUUGACAAAAAAAUUGGUUCAUUUGAACAGUUAAUUUGCUAUACAUAGUUCGUUCUAUACAUUAAAAUUUAUUAAUACUAUAUAGGGGGAAAAUCGGGACUUUACAGUCAGUUCAUUCUAACCGGUAGUUUGUUGUAAGCAUGUUUGUUCUAAAAGUACUUUACUGUACACACACUUACAUUUAGAUCCUACUCAGUAAAACAAGUGUAUAAUUCAUUGUAUUUAAUGGUAGUGUAAAUUAGAGCUGGGCAGUAUACCAUAUAUAACUAAAAUAAUAUCAUUACUUAGUGAAUUAUUUAAUUAUUUAAUUAAGUAAAAAUGAAGAGCAGAUAUUGAAUACAUGUUGCUCAAAAUAAUUCUUCUGUCCCAGACAAGAUAUUUUCCUCUUUUUUUUUUAAAUUUUAGAUUUUAUCAUUUAUAGGUUACCUGCAGUUUUGUAUAACAGGCUUUAAUUGAAACAAAAAUACUGGAUAUGCAAAAUAAUGAUUUUAAAAAAUUAAUAAAACAAAAAAUGUCAAUUAUUCCGAGAUUGAUAUUAUUUUGUAUUAUGUUAAAAAAAAUUAUGUACAUCUUCAUCUUCAGACAAAACUGAAGUUUUUAAUUGCGAUGUACCUGGGUAAUUUGUUUGACUGCUUGUUAUGUUCAACUGCAUUUUGAUAUUGUUUUUAUUUUGCUCUAACUGCUGUGGUUUGUAAACAAACUUCGGAAUUUUUCUCGAAGUGCUGUAGGUGUGUGACUUUAGCUGGUGUUUAUUAAUCUGGACAUUUGUUCCAUGUUCUAUAUCUGACAGGAUUUGACAGGAUUUGUUGAACAGUUACAUGUAGAAACAUUAUUAAAUUAAUUAAUCAUAUCCUAAGAAUGAAUUUGCAUAUAUUGAUUGAAAAUAAAAACAGAAUUAUCACAUGAUAGAAUCCUUAAAACUGAAUAUAUUAAUUGAAAAGUUAAAAUAUAAUCAAGUUUUUAAAAUUUAAUGUGUUGGUUGAAGAGUUCAAAAUACCAGUACAUGAUGGAAUUAAGUUCUUACAAUUGAAUGUAUUGGAUGAACAAUUUCAAAUACUGUAGAAUGUUUCAUUUUAGACAAGAUAAAUGUGCUGGUCAGCAUCCUAUUCUAUUUCAUAUGUCACUGUCAACUUCUCUGAAAUUUUUUGUUGUUGUUUUUCUCUUUAACCUGCAGCUAAUUUUAUAUCAUAACUGAAUACUUAAUGUUAAUUAACUAUUUCUAUCAGCCACAUGUCCAUCAUCUUGUUUAUAUGAAUUUAUCUAUUUUAUAUUUGUGGUGAAAGGUCCUAAUAUAGGCUUAAGCCUGUCGACCAAACCCACUGUCCUUUAAAAAAAAGAAGAGAAAAAGAUGCUAUAAAUAGUAUACUAGUCGCAACAAGUUAUGUGUCAUCAGAUUUUACCUUAUUUAAAAUAAAAAAAAUCAAUAAAAAAUCUAGGACAAUGGUACAAACUUGAAUAAAACAUUUCAGAUUGCAUGUACGUGAGCCAUUUACUCACAGCUUGUUUUGUUGCCCGUACAAAGUGCACAUGAAAUUCCUUUAUGUUAACACUUUUUAUGUUAGAUUAGGGUUGGGAGGGUAUACAUUUCUUUGCAAUCCACCCAAUAGAUCGGCUAUCGGUGUAUUUUUGUGCAUUCAUUCAUUCUUUGCAAUCUGGCUUGGGAUAACCAUGUCACCAAAACAUAAACUGAGCAUUCUGAACUGAUCGAGCCCUGCCAUUUCUGAAUGAUAGCAUAUCCAUGAGACAUGUAGCGAGAUGCCUGCAAGUGAGCGUUUCCAUCAUCCAUUAACUGCAAGAGCGUUUCCAUACCAUUGGCACAGCUAAUGGGCUACCCAACUCCAGACACAGUGUCUAUGUGGCUCUUAACUGCUUGUGACUAGUAUAUUUAAAACUACAAUAGAUAAACAAAAUUAACACGUCCCUAAAUUAAUAUGAACUAUUACUUUUGUAUAUUAUGUUUGCAAACCCUUCAUUUAAAUCUGAAAUGUCUUUGAUGAAAUCAACUCCCUAACGACAUUCACAGUGAUUUCAAAGUGAUGAAAGAACCAUUCACAAAUUGGUAUGCAGUCAAUAUUGCAAUCAUUCAUAAUACGAUAAUAAAAUAACCCAAAUAUUGCCAACCUUCAACGAGUGGCAAAAGACACUAAAACCACUACAGGUGGCUGGACGAAUAGUAUUUGCUCGCAUUUUUUGCAUAAUAUCAUGAUCGCAUUAAUUUCUGGAUCUGCAGUUUAAUAGUUACUUGCAUGUGCUAAAAAAAUUAAUUACAAGAAUUAACAUUUGUUAAAAUGUCAAGAAAUAUAUAUUGUGGAAUUGCAUUUGUAAAAUGUUUUGUUAUCUCUCAAAGUUGUAAAUAUUAUUACAUCAUAAAAUACUAUUUGGCUGGUUUGAACAGUUAAUGCCAUAAAAUGUAUUGUAGUUACACUUUGUAAAUUAUUUGUUAGUCAUUGUCACGUAACUUGACGCUUAACAGCUAAUAAUUACUGUCUUAAUUAAUACAAUAUAACAUCAAUUCUGCAAACAUUAUUUUCAUCUGCUGAACACUGCAUAAAUUACUAUGCUGCAGUAUCGUGUCUAAAUUAUUCAAAUCUGAUAAAUUAAUUAUAGUUUCUGUCCUUUGAAUAUGCUGCAGUAUAAUUUAAACUGCCAAUUACCAUAAAUAUGUUCAACUAUUAAGUACAGUAACUAGUCAUUACCAAUCAAAUACUCAUUUGUUACAUCCGUCCAGUUUGGAACAAAUGUCCUCAAAUGUAGGGGACCCUUAUUGUAUCACCUCCGUCCAUUUGUUUACUUAUAUAUUCCUCGGUAUAUUUAUUGCUGCUGAAACUGAGACUUGAUCCAAACAAAGGCAAGACUGUGAUCUGUAUAUUUUGUAGGUGUAUAAAACUUUCUAAUGUACAUCUAUGGGCAUUUUGAAAUGUUUACCGAUCCGUUGGAUAUAUAC